AAAUCGCAUCAGUCAUCACUUUCAUUUCUGAACGCUUCUUCCGCUUUGGAACGGUGCCGUGAAAAAAAGCUGUUGGCUCUAUUGCCUAAUUAACUUUUUACAUUGUUUUGUGGCCCAUCUUCUGUUUAGACAGUGCAAGAUCAAUAAGAUGAUCAGCCACACCGUCCUCCUGCUUACUUCAGCAUCUCUCGUCCUGGGUCACGGGAGAGUGACGCAGCCUCCUUCAAGAGCGUCAGCCUGGCGACUAGGGUUCCCCACGCCGGCUAACUAUGAUGACGAUGGCUUGAACUGUGGCGGCUUUUCGACACAGUGGUCGAGUAAUGGCGGCAAAUGCGGAAUCUGCGGCGACUCCUAUAGCAUCCCAUCCCCGCGCCCCCACGAGCUCGGCGGCACCUACGGCCAGGGCGUCAUCGUCGCCAAAUACCUCCCCGGCGCAACCAUCGCCAUCACCACCCACCUCACCGCCUCCCACAGGGGCUACUGGGAGUUCAGACUAUGCCCUGACCCGACCGACAAUUCCCAAGCAUGCUUCAACAAGCAUUUACUCGUAUCAGAAGACGGGGAGACAAAAUACACUCCAAACAGAGGCAGUGGAAUGUACGAAGUCAACUAUAAACUACCAUCUGGAUUAAUCUGUGAGCAUUGCGUGCUCCAAUGGAGAUAUGUGGCUGGAAAUAACUGGGGUACCUGCAAUAACGGAACGUCAGGCUUAGGCUGCGGGAAUCAGGAGGAGUUCCGUGCAUGCUCCGAUAUCGCUAUUGGCGUGUCGAAGACACUAAGCAACGAAAACGUCCCGUCGCCGCUUCUCUACUAUUUGCAGCACGGAUUCUAUGAGUUAGAUCAAGGUAAGGAAGUUGAGAAUGAUUUGAAAGAGUAAUUUUAAGUAGGUUUUAUACAGCUUUAAAUAUCGAAUUGACUUGUCAACUAGUGUUUUAAGUGGGUCUCUAUUGUUUCCCAUAUAGUUUUAAGUCAUAAUGUAUUGUUUGUCCACAUUUUCGUUAGUCAGAAUUUGGUUUUUCUCAGAAACGCGUAACUUUUCAAGAUUGCCAUAAAACAAACCUAAUCUAACCUAAAUUUUCUAUAGGAAAACCUGAGGAAGAUCCUGAAAAGUUAACGGUUUCAGAAUUAUGACUAAUGAUAAUAUGACAAUCAUUACAUUAUGACUUUCAAUAAUUAUGUCGAACAAAGGGACCCCGUUUUAAGUUUUUGCCUCAUUUUGGCGCCAUAUGUCGUUAGGUAAAGUUGGGUCUAUUAAUAAUAUUAAAGUAUAUUUUGGAGGAGAAUGAAUGUAUGCUUCUGGAACUGCUUAGUAUAAGUUAUUUAUUAUUUUACAAUAAAACAUACCU